UACAUUGGGCGCGCGGUGGAACGCGGGAGAGCCCGGCUCGCCGAGCACGUGCGGGGCGCCCCCCGGAUCGGGCCCGCUAGCAUGGCUCAGCUCCGGGUGACCGAUUUCUUCUCCCACAGUAAAAAACCCGCCCGGGACGGAGCGCUGGGCACGAAGCGGAGGAAGGCCCGGCCCGCGGGAGCAGGGGCCGGGGAGAAGCGCCGGGCCGCCCGCUCCGAAAGCCGGCCUAGCGCAGCCCCGCCAGCGAUCCCGGGAGGGAGCGGCCAUGAGCCCCGGGCGAGCCGCCGAGAAGCCAGCCCGGGAGCCAAGCUGCUGGGAUUGGAAAAUGACCAUAGGGCGGCGGUGAGCGCUGCCCCCGCGCUGCCUCCCCUGAGCCCCCACCAGCAGCAGCUGCUGGCCUCGCCCCGCACCCCGCGGCGCCCCGAUGCUGGCUCCCCACAGCCCCCGGCACGGGCCCUGACCGGCAGAAAGCGGGGUAGGCAGGAGCUGGACCCUGACCGGGCGGCGGAGCGGAACGCCGGCCCCCCAGCCGGGCUGCAGCCCCAGGGGAACAGCAGGAGAGCGGCCAGGAAGAAGCUGGUACUGCCCGCAGAUGGAGACCCCCAGGGUACAGAGCAGGAGGCGGCAGUCACGGUUUCCAGCCCCUGCUUCAGUGCUGCCCUCAGACCCCCAACCCCGUCCUCCCUUAACAAGAAGGUGAAGAACCUGGUGAAUGUGACCGUCUCACCAGGUUCAGAGAGUGGACUGCAGUCUGGCCUGGCUACACUAGAGGGAAACAUAAGCCUUAAGCAGGUUUCAUCCAAGGAGCUGAAACACCGCCUGCAGAGACUCCAGGAGCUGACUUGGAAAGCCAAACUGCCAGCUUGCCCCUCUGAGACCUGCAGUGACUUGAAAAGCCGCCUGAAACAAGUGCAGGAGCUAGAAUCCAAAAUCCGCAACAGGAAGGCAGAGGAGGCGGAGGGAGCUGGGCUGCAACCAUGCAAAGAGACCUGUGAGCCAGCCGCAGAAGCCAGUGAGAGGGCACCUGCCUAUCAGCGAUUCCACACCCUUGCUCAGGAUAUUCCCCCAGGUCUCUCACUGCCCUAUAAAUACAAGGUACUGGCAGAGAUGUUCCGCAGCAUGGACACCAUUGUGGGGAUGCUCUUCAAUCGCUCAGAGACUGUAACCUUUGCCAAGGUCAAACAGGGUGUCCAAGAUAUAAUGCACAAGCAGUUUGAACAGAGGAAUGUGGGUCAGAUCAAAGCGGUGUACCCCACUUCAUACAAAUUCCGCCAGGAGAAGAACGUCCCAACCUUCAGCGGUUUCUUGACGAAAUCCAGCUACCAGCUCACCAUAGAGCCAGUGCUGGGGGAAGAGGAGAAAGUAGAUGGCCAUCUGCACCUGUCCGCAUCGCGCUUGCUGGAACGCAGGAGGGUGUUCAGCAGGAACUUGGUGAACAUUGUCAAACAGCAUCACAAGACAUUCAUGGCUUCCCUCAGCCCCCCAAUGGUCAUACCAGAUGACAAGCUGACCAGAUGGCACCCUCGCUUCAAUGUAGAUGAGGUGCCAGACAUAAUACCCGCUGAGUUGCCCCAGCCCCCUCAGGUGGACAAGCUGACCACGGCGCAGGAGGUGUUGACCAAGGCCCGGAGCAUGAUGACCCCAAAGAUGGAAAAGGCUCUUGCCAAUCUGGCUCUAAGAACAGCUGAAACCAGCCCAGGAAAUCAUGAGGACCCCAAAGCAACACCCACGGCCAACACCUCCAGUGCCCUGAAAGGGGUGUCCCAGGCCCUGCUAGAGAGGAUCAGAGCAAAGGAGGCUCAGAAACUGCAGGCUCUGAUGACCCGAAACCCACAACAGGAGGAGCGGCUCGUCAUGAUCUCACGGCUGCCAGAGAUGGCACGUUUCCUACGCAAUGUGUUCGUGGCUGAGAAGAAGCAGGCGCUGACUGUGGAGGUGGCAUGUACGCGGAUGCUUGACAGCUACCGUACCACAAUGACAUCUGGUGAAAUGGAGAAACACCUACACCUCUUCUCAGAGUUGCUGCCUGACUGGGUCAUCCUCCAUCCAAUCAGGAAAGACACCUACAUCAAGCUGGACAAGAGCAUGGACCUCAAUAUCAUUGUGGAGAGACUGACAAGGAUGAUUAAGGAGGAGGAGAAGCUCUGAUUCCUGCGGGGGAGGAUGGCUGGGGGUUAGACCUUGAUCUUAAUUCGAUGUGCCUCUGAAUAUAGCACAGGUGGGGCCCUCUUAAGUUCUUGCAGAGAACUCCCUUUUGGGCUGCUUGUGACCUCACUGGUUUCUACGUAUGCACAGGAAACCAAGAACGUAGACAAGCCUCUUUGAUCCUAAAUUGUUUGUUUGGCACAGUUCUGGGCAACUCCCCUGGCCCUCAAACAUGAGGGCUAAUAUAUUAUGUUCACUACUUCAUGCCCUCUGCCAGUAGGAGAUUGCAUUUGGCUUUCCCACCUAAAUUGCUCCCUUUUUUUUAAAGCCCUCACUGCUUAGUUACUAUGGGCAACUUAGUACAACAAAUAAACUGUUCGGGCCACAGUGGGAGCAGGGGUGUUUGAGCAUCUCUGGCUGGCAUGGCCUUAGUUACAUCAUUGUUCAGAGAGGGGGGUCUGGCUUAUGUAACGUUUAAUUUCUUGAACAAGUUUCCAAUAUGACAACUUGCCUCCAUUUCUUCCAUUAGCUGAAGGUGCUGUGGGGGUGGAUAGAAUCGUAUGCCAUUUCUAGUAAGUGAGAAAAAUGAAAUUUCCUUUUGGAAAAAAAAAUCCCAGGGGCUCUUUUUUAAAUGCUCUGUUUUUUAGAGAGAGAGAAUAUGCAUCUCAGACUACUCCAGCUCUCUGAUGUGUUCAACUCUUGUACAUAUUAUUGUUUAAAUGUGUUGCUAUUAAACUUCUAAAUGAUUGGCA